CAUAAUCAUUUAAACCCCCAACGAGAACAUCCUCACCGCCCUCGAGUGGAACACUAUUUAAAGAUCCAGUCUUCAUCCACUCUUGUUAGAUAAAUUAUUAAGGAUGGGUAACACUCUAGGCGGCAAUAAAACAACCAAGAUCAUGAAAAUAGACGGCGAGACUUUCAAACUCAAAACACCGGUGACGGCGGAGGAAGUUCUAAAAGACUUUCCCGGUCUCGUUCUGCUAGACUCCGAAUCUGUAAAGCACUACGGUGCUCGAGCCAAACCACUUAAGCCGAAGCAGAGGUUGGAGGCAAAGCGAUUGUAUUUCGUGGUGGAGCCGGUGAAGGAGUGUCCACCACCAAGGAGGGUAAGAUCGGGAAUUCAUAUGAGUGCCAAGGAGAGGCUUGAGAAUCUCAUGCUUGCCCGGAGAUCCUCUUCCGAUCUCUCCAUAAUCAAACCUUCAGGAGGAUGGGCGACGAUAGAGGAGGAAGAUGAAAGAGGAGCGGUGAGGGUGAAGCUGAGGAUUCCCAAGGCGGAGCUGGAAAGACUAGUUAAGGAAGGAGUCACGGAGGCGGAGGCCACCCAUAAGAUCGCCUCUCUCUUUAUGGCCAAGCACAGCCACGAGGAAGAGAGUAAGAACACUCUCCGACGUGGUCAUGACGAGCCGGUCGCCCCAAUGGCCACCGCCACAAGAGGAGUCAAAUCUCGUCUGAAACGAGUGAGUUUCAUGGCGGAAAGAGAAGGAAGCGAGAUCACCGUUGCUUGAAGUUGAAACACUCUUAAUUCUAAACACAACUGAACCGCUUUCCAACGUUUCUGCAUUUCUUUGUAAAUAAAAAGAAGAGCGUUUUGAGAGAGAGAGAGAGAUAAUGAAUAAUCACUCUGCAGCUAAAGCUUGUUAUUUUCUUAGAAAAUAAAAAAGGGUUUAUCUUUA